AUGGCUCAUUUAAACUGGGAGCUACUGAAAAACUCUCUGGCUGGCAAAUGCAGUGCCUAGCAGCAGUCAUCAAGGACGAACCAAACAUGAGUGGUGGAGGGGAACAGGUCGACAUUCUCCCGACCAACUACGUGGUCAAAGAUCGCUGGAAAGUGCUGAAGAAGAUCGGUGGAGGUGGCUUUGGGGAGAUCUAUGAGGCAAUGGAUUUGCUGACCCGUGAGAAUGUGGCCUUGAAGGUGGAAUCAGCUCAGCAGCCCAAGCAAGUUCUCAAGAUGGAAGUGGCUGUCCUGAAGAAGCUGCAAGGGAAGGAUCAUGUUUGCAGAUUUAUUGGCUGUGGAAGAAAUGAAAAGUUUAAUUAUGUGGUCAUGCAGCUUCAGGGCCGAAAUCUUGCAGAUCUCAGAAGGAGUCAGCCUCGAGGGACUUUCACACUGAGCACAACGCUGCGAUUGGGCAAACAGAUUCUGGAAUCAAUAGAAGCCAUUCACUCUGUGGGAUUCCUGCAUCGGGACAUCAAGCCUUCCAACUUUGCCAUGGGCCGGUUACCUUCAACAUACAGGAAGUGCUACAUGUUAGACUUUGGUCUGGCCCGCCAGUACACCAACACUACUGGGGAAGUUCGACCACCUCGCAACGUUGCUGGUUUCCGAGGAACCGUCCGCUAUGCCUCUGUGAAUGCACACAAAAACAGGGAGAUGGGCAGACACGAUGAUCUGUGGUCCCUCUUUUACAUGUUGGUGGAGUUUGCUGUUGGUCAGCUUCCGUGGAGAAAGAUCAAAGAUAAGGAGCAGGUUGGCAUGAUAAAAGAAAAGUAUGAACACCGAAUGCUGCUAAAACACAUGCCUUCAGAGUUCCACCUUUUCCUGGAUCACAUUGCAAGCCUAGACUACUUCACCAAGCCAGACUAUCAGCUAAUCAUGUCGGUUUUCGAGAACAGCAUGAAGGAAAGGGGCAUCACUGAAAAUGAAGCCUUUGACUGGGAGAAGGCUGGUACAGAUAUCUUGUUGUCCACUAGCACCUCAACUCCACCACAGCAGAACACCAGGCAAACAGCAGCCAUGUUUGGGGUGGUUAAUGUCACUCCGGUACCCGGGGACCUGCUCCGUGAGAACACCGAGGAUGUCCUGCAGGGUGAACAUCUGAGUGAUCAAGAGAAUGCUCCUCCCAUCCUGUCAGGUCGGCCAGUGGAAGGCCUUGGGCAGGCUCCAAACACGGCUUUCAAUGAGGGUGAAGUUUGGGAAGAGACAGAUGUGAAUCGCAACAAACUCAGGAUCAGCAUCAGCAAAACUCAGUGCAUGGUGGAAGAGGAGCAGAGAAAUGGGGUGUGCCCCAGUUCCCCUGUCCGAGUGCCUCCGGAGUCCCCGACCGCACAAGUGCGCUCCCUCCGCUACCGCCGCGUCAACAGCCCCGAGUCAGAGCGGCUCUCCACAGCUGAUGGAAAAGCAGAUCCCCAUGAAAGAAGGUCUCGAAUGGACAUCCCUGGCUCUCCAUCCCGGCUCGUGUGCUCCUCGCAGCCAGCCCAGAUGCUGUCCAUCGAUACGGGCCAGGCUGACCGGCAGGCCAGCGGCAGGAUGGACGUGUCCGCCUCCGUGGAACACGAAGCCCUCAGCAACGCCUUCCGCUCGGUGCCGCUGGCGGAGGAGGAGGACUUUGACAGCAAGGAGUGGGUUAUCAUUGAUAAGGAGACAGAGCUGAAGGACUUCCACCCCGGUGCUGAGCCAAGCACCUCUGGAACCACGGAUGAGGAGCCCGAGGAGCUGAGACCUAUUGAAGAUGGGGAAGAGAGAAGGCGCCUGGGGGCAGAUGCUGCAGUGAGGCCGAAGACUCAUGAUGGGCGAAGUCGGGGUAUGCUGCCUGUGACUGAGGAGGACAGUUCCCAUAGACAUGAAGGACCUUCUCAAACAGUGUCUGACAGUAGACAUGAACAGCAGACAGGAAGUCCAGCCCACUCCCCCUUACAUUCAGCACCAGCCCUCCGACAAAGGAGACGAGAAUCUGAACCUACUGGUCCUCAGAGACAGGCAUACAUGCUGAAGUCAUUUGAAAUAAAUGGCCUGCCCAAGGCGGUCCCUUUAAGUUUGCCUUACCAAGACUUCAGAAAAGAUAUGUGCAACUACUGGGAAAAGCCUAAGUUAUCCCAGCGGAUAAAGAAAGUUGAUUUUUCAAAUAUUGUCUUGACUGCUCCUUGCAAACCUCUGGAACCUUACCUGGAAAUGAAUGGAAAAGAGGAGGAGGAGGAGGAAGAAGAGGAGGAAGACUAUGAGGAGGAGGAAGAUGAGCAGGAUGAGGGGGAGGAGGAGGAGGAGGGCAAUGAGAUUGACAUGCACAGUGAUUCCAGCAGCGACCUGAGUCAGAAGAGCACGGAGCGCAGCCAGGAGUGCGCACCAUCCACGCUCCUGGCUGAUGACCAGAAGGGCUCCAAGGGUCGAGCAUCCACUGCUGAUGGGGACCUGGAGCUGGAGGAAGGCUCAAAAACAUUAGUGCUGUUUUCACCAGGUGAUCUGAAGAAGUCUCCAGUGGCUGCAGACUUACCUCCAGAAGUCGAUCUGGGCACUCUUGCUGCACUGACACCUCAGAGCGAGCGGCCGCAGCCCAUGGGGAGCCAGCUGGAUGUGUCUGAGCCAGGGACCCUGUCCUCAGUCCUCAAAUCAGAACCAAAGCCUCCCGUGGCAGUGGCCACAGCCUCCUCCCCGUUCACCAAAGUGGAGCGCACGUUUGUUCACAUCGCUGAGAAGACCCACCUAAACGUGAUGUCUUCCAGCGGGCAGCUGAUGCGGCACGAGGAGUACUGCCCCCCGGGGCAGUUCGAGGAGGUCAUCAUCGAGGAGGAGCUGGAGGACAACCUGGUGCUGGUGGAGAACGGCAGCAUUCAUUCCGGGCUGGAAGGGGCAGAGACGGAGAGCUGCGCGCUUUCGGCCAAUCCCGUGGAAACCACCUCAGAGACUGUGGGCGAGCAGCCGGCCCUUCCCAAUGGCAUGCCAAAGCUUCCCGAGGACAUGGCGGAGCCCUCCGGCAAAGCGGCGCUCUCGCUGGACUUGGAAGAGCCUGACAAGGUGGCUACAAGGGAGCCUGGCCUGGAGAAGGCAGCAUCAGCAACAGAGCACCUGAAGAGAGCAGAGACCCUCCUCGAGGCGCCGCAGCCGGGCCCCAGGAGGCCGCUGGGCUCCCGGUAUAGAAGUCGGAUACCCAUUUUGUUCUCUGAGGAGGACACUGGCUCAGACCUUUCAACUUCACUCUCAGCCAAAGAAAGGCUUUAUAAGAGGGCAAAGCAACCCGACCUGGCUCGCCUGGUGAUGGAGAAGAGACAGAGCCGCCUCCUGCGGCUGGCCUCAGGUGCCUCCUCCUCGGCCUCCUCCAGCGACGAGCGGCGGCGAGCCUCCGAAACCCUGUCAGCCACCGGUUCCGAGGAGGACACCCACGACUCUGAUGACUCCAUCCCACGGAAGGGAGAGAAGAAGGCUGCGCUGCUGGGGAGAGAAGAGAGAGCCAUAAGCACAAGGAGCAGAAUUCCUCGUCCCAUCGUGCCGGUGAAAACGCCGCUGGAGGCGGCGAGGUCGGAGAGCUCCGUGGCCGCCGCGAUGGCAGGGCUGGGCAGCUCCCCACAGGAUGCAGCUGCUGCCUGCAGGCUUCAGACACAGAGACCAGCUGGAAGUGUCCCAUCCGAGGGCCGAACAACACAGGUACAAAGUCGGCUUCCUUCGUCACCGAGCUCCACUUCUCUUCCUCCACGGAGCAGUUCGCAGAGGUCCAGUGGUGCAUCCCCUCGGAGCCCUGUCCUUCCUUCCAGGAACCCCAGUACUUCCCCCAGAAUCCAGCUGCUGCCUCGGCGGGAAAGUCCUUCUCCCUGCCGACAGCACAAACCAGGGACUGCUCCUCAGCGAGUUCCUCCUUCCCCCCGACCUCAGCCCUCAGCUCAGGCCCCGGGGCCUACAGGAGAUUCCCUGCCAUCUCCUGGCGUGGCCAAAAAACGACAAAGAGGAAAAACCCAGACUCAAAGUCCAGCAACCAAAGGAAAGCAGGUGUCCCUGGAAAGUAAGGCAGCUGCCAGAUAAUGACCUUCUUCUGCGAGCCCAGCAGACUGGGUAACUUCUGCAUAUAGUAUACACUUGAGAUGCUGCAGCACAGCCUUCCAUGCUGGACCCACGAGUGUAUAGCAGUAGCUGUACUUGAAUGCUUCACUCACUCUCACCCCACACCGCAAUCAGCUCCCACGGGCCUGGCAGCCUCUGAGCCACGGAGCCUUUUCAAGGGAGACACACCCAGCCCGCAGCUCACGCUUGCUAACGCACAGCACCCAGCCGUGACCCAGGCAGCCUGCCCAGUGCCUGACCUGUCUCCCUCCCAGGGGUUCUCCUCUCCCUUAGCAAUACCAGUCCUCAACACCGACUCCAGCUGUGGAAGGAGGAGCAGAGGUGACAAGAGCAAGGCCUGCUAAAGAGGAAGGCUCCUGUCCUUCAGGCAGCUCCUUCCCUUCUCCUUGCUGGGAAACACCAGCCUUGGUCUCUGCCAUCUCCCUGAGUGUUGGCUCACCUCCCGCCACCUGUGUUAGCAAGGGAUUGCCACUAGCUCAUUCAAGAAGGAUGGAUGCAUCCUUGCAUCCAUCCUAAGAGAAGGGGUAAGGAGGAGAGGACUCUUCUCUCCUUUCCAGAGAUGCCUCUACAGGUGGGAACCAGGAGACAGGCAGGUCUUGCUGGAUGCUCCUACCUGCUCCAGUAUGUCCCACAGAGGAGGCUGGCUGGCACUGCUUCUCAGACACUGCUGCUGUUCCAGCAGAUGCCUGUGUGGUGGGUACUUAGGUGGAAGUAGGGAUGUGUUGGCAACUUGCUGGGAAAUCAAGAGCUCUUGCUAAUUAAUGUAGAAGGGAGCACACUGCAGUCACAAAUACUAAACUGUGAUCUGUGGACAUCACAUCCCCCAGCAAGGGUGGUUCCUCUCAGCCUGGGCAUGGUUGGUGCCACAGACCUGCAGUCCACCAAACACAGCUCCGUUGUGAGGAUGUGAAUAGUCACUGGAUGCCUUUAGCCUGGGUGCCUCUUGCACCGAAUUCCUUGUGGUUUAUUGUCACCCUCUUGGUGUUUGUGAAUUUUGGCACUGUGGUUGAAAGUUCCCCUACAUGGCAGGGUGGGAAAUUAUCAUCCUGUAGUAUACCCAAAACCUGCUGCUUUGCAAUGAGAAGUUUGCUAGCAUGCCAUGGCCAUGUGCAUUUCUAUCUGAGGGAACAGUGAGUUGAGUGGCAGAGGUGGGGUUUAUGUCUUUUCCUUGGUGCUCACCUCUGCCCCACGUUGAGGAUGAACAAUGUGAACGUAAAAGCAAGGGCUGUGCUCUUCAAGUAAUAUUAUCUGAGCAUAAGCUAGCACUCAGCUAGAGCUAAAUCAACCAACUGUUUAGCCUCCAGACUAAUUAGGAAGGCUUGGAAGUGAAAGGAAGAAGGACUGGUACCUGUCUGAUUUUGAUGAGAUCUUGAAGUAGACAAAAUUCUCCCCACACCUCACAGGACAAAACACUCCAGACCCAAAUACUUUGUGCUUCACACCAUUGUCAUGCCUAAAAGAGGCAUUGCAUGAGGCAGAACAAAAAUACAGCUGCUGUGUACACCUAUUCCUGCAGUUGCAACUACCUGCAAAUUUACUAUUUGCAGACAACAAAGCUUGACAGAGGAAUCUGAACAGUAAUAGCCUUGAUUCAUUUGAACAUGAAUGCAAACAGUCACACACUGAUGGCCAUCAAGUUCAAGGGAUCCUGAAGCUGCUCAUAUCUACAGCAGUCCUGGAAAGGAGUAUAAGAGCUGUGACAGAGUGUCUGGGAGAAACUCCUUGCACACCUGAACAGGGAAAUGUGUAGAAACAGGAGACAGGAAUUACCCCUUCAUAUGACAGUCUCAGUGUUGCCAACACUAAGAAUUCAUUUCACCCAGCUCAAAGUGUUUUCCAUUGAUGUGGUUCACCCUGGUGGAGUAAGCAGCACAGCUUAGUCUGAAAACAUGCCCUCAUCUUUGCACAGCAGCACUGGGAAUUCAGAGGGAGCUCAGGCUGUGGUCUGAUGGACUGAGCUGAUGUUGCCAUCAAAAGCAACAUCCCUCCAAGUUCCAGCUGUUUUGUUGCACAGUUCCACCACAAUUUCAGUGCAGCAGCCAUUUGAUAAACUGGCUGGAAAUGCUGAUCCAGCACGACACGAACUGCUCUGAUUCACCAGUUUAUUUUUCAUCUGGUUCAUUUCAUCACUCUGGUUCACCAUUUGGUCCCACAACAGAAGAAGGACACACAGAGACUGUCACCACUUUUUCUGGUGGCACUGUAACUUUCUGUGAGUUUGAAGUGUGGGUCAAACUAGAACCUAAGUAUGCACUGCAGGUUUAGAAACUAGAAAACAGAACAAACUCAAAGACAGAUUCUUUCCAGAAAUAUUAAUCAUAAUGGGACUCCUAUUAAUUUAUUGAAGGUCUAUUAAUUUUAGAGUGCUCAGAUGGUAAGACUUGGUUGUGAAACCUUUACCAGCUGGUCCAUCCAGGUCUUAAUGCACAUGCCAAAAAUGACAUUGAAAGAGCUUUGAAAGAGGACUACAGGACUAUUAACAGGGUUAGCAAACCUGCCUCAUCAUGGGAAGCCAAUAAAGCACAAUCAGUGUAUUUGUUCGGGAAAAAGUUUAAGGGACAGUUUUCUCUGGCCCAAUGUCAGAAAGGAAGCUCCAGGGCAGGCACAAGGCUGGUUUGGACAGGGCCCUGAGCAUCCUGGUCUAGUGGAAGAUGUCCUUGCCCAUAGCAGAAACUGGAUGAUCUUUAAGGUCCCUUCCAACCCAAACCAUUCUAUGGUUCUGUGGUCUUCCUCUGGCACAUGAAAGCAGGGAAGUCAGAACAGCCAAGAGGAGCAGAUGAAGAAAUCAGGCAGGCUUUUCACUGUGAAGCAACCCUCCAGUGAAGUCGUUCACAGCACUGUGGGGACUUUCUUAUUAAGGUUUCUGUGAAACUGAGCUGUCUUCUAAGGGGUCUAUCUACCAUGACCCAAUCACAAGAAGCAGGCAGGAUUCUGGUGACACCAAGGUAUCAUCUCUCUCUGUGGUGCAGCAGAUUCCUGGUCCCACCAAGAUACAUGGCAAAGCUGGUAUAUACUGGAGAGCCACCUGGCAGGUCCCACAGGUUUCAGAAAUCAAGGGAAAGAUGGCCAGCACAGCUGGACAUCAGGCACAGGUCUGUGCUGAACUGAGCAGGAGUAAUAGAUCUGAACAGCUCCAAACCCACUGGUUUAUUAUGUUUUUUUCCCCUGAAAUUUUUGCUUCAGACAUUUUUUUAAUAAUAGUUUUUCUUUUGUUCUAAUCUUGCUGCAAGGAAAUUAAAAAUAUAAGUAAAUAGAUAUGUUGUAUUCCAUGUUGCAGAAAUUACAGAAAAGUUUACAUUGGAAGGAACCCUUGGAAAUCACCUUGGCCAAUUUUCGAUUGAAAAUUAGACCCUGGAUUAGAUUAGGUAGGGCUGUGUCAAUAUGAGUCUUCAGUGUCUCCAACAAGGAAGAUUCCACCACUUCCAUGAUUUAGUGAAUCAAAGAAUGUUUGAGGCAAGAUGGGACUUCUGGAGGUCAUCAACAAAGCUGUUCACAGUGUUGUUUGGCAGGGCUGGGCUGAAGGGUCCAUAGAGAUCUGAGACCAGCAUGAGUCACCUCUCCUCAUGGUUGUGCUACCAGACCCCCUGCUCCUGCACAGCCCUGCUUCCCAGCUGUCCCUGGCAUGAAGGGCAGCAGGAAAGUGCAUCAACAGCAUGGUGUGCCCCAGGUCAUGUCCUCCUGGAUGGGGGUGCUCCCACCCAGGGGAACAGCACACACAGAAUUUCCUUUGGGUCCUCUCUUUUUCUGCUGCCCCACAGGAAAGUUGGAAGGGCGCCUGCCAUAGCUGGAGCAAACAGAGGAGAACAUGUCUGGGGAGAAGGAGGGAUGGGGCCUGUGGUGCUAGGGAGAAGUUAGGUGGUUGAGGAACACCAGAGGUCUAGUCUGGCAUCACAGGACACGGUGGGCUGUCACAUCCCAGAAAGGUGGGAGAGGCAAGGCCCUGUUGCUCUCUGCUCUGAGUCUCGUGCAAGCUCUGUCAAGCUCGAGGGCACGCGGGGCUGCUCAAGCACUGCUGGGGGUGUGUUGCUGUGUCCUUGCAGGUGAUUUUGCCCUUGUGUGUUUCGAGGGAAGUCCUGGGACAGGCCACCUCUGUUCCUUCAUCUGUGGGCUCAUCUGCAUGGGUAGGGAGAGACACAUCUUGCUCGUCUGUGUUGGGAGUACGAGUCCUUGGGACUGCCUGGUGUCGUGCUGAGUCCUCACUCUGCAGGGGCCUUGCCCACCAGCUGAGAUGCCACCCUGGCUGGUGAGAAGGAGCCAGUGGCUGCUGGCUGGCCAGGAGCUGCCUGCAAGGAAGCAUGGAUACAGGGGGGAUGUGCCACGUGGGGAAUCUGAAAGGCAGCUCUCAGCACUAAGCCAGUGUGGCAAUGGAUUAUAUGAGCAGAGGGAGAAGAAGGACAGAUGGCACCAGUCAGACUGGUACUGUGGAGAGGCUCAAACACACGGAUGGAUGGAGCUGGUUAACUGAUUGGUCUGGUUGGCAGCACAGGCACUUCUGUUUGCCUUGGUGAAAAAGGUGUUUUGGUAGCAAAUAUCUCUGGGUCAGUUGUGCUUGGAAUCAGUGAGAGGCAGGAGACUUUGCUUGCCCUUUUUAAAGUAAAGAAUAUUAUAAUAUAUAUAUAUAUUAUUACGACAAUAUAAGUAGUGACCAUUAUAUAUAGUGACUAAAGGUUAAAAAGGAUCCUGCUACCUUCAGAGAAGUCUCAUCUGUGACUUCAGAUGUGUGCAGGGCUGACUGCUGUGUGCAGUGAAUGUGCGUGGGGGAACAGGAUACCACUCUACCAAAGUGCAUGUCAGCUGUGAGGCUGCACCUGCCUGAGCACAAACCAGGGCUGAAACACUCCAGCCUGGGUGGCUGACAGCUGUCCUGCUUGCCACCAGACCUGCAACAGCUGCUGGACUGACACACAGCUCUGUGGGGCAUGGAUCAGGAUCUGGAGCAUCACUGUUCCCGUGGCUGCUCCUGGCUAACACAAGCCCUGAGAGUUUGGUGGUGAAACGUUUUGAUCCAAAGCAGGUUGUGUUGGGGCAAGAAAAUCUUUCACAUUUCUCCUUUCCCACACAGAGGUGUUUUCUCACUGUAGAUCCUAUGUAGGAAGAGGAUCACUGAUAGCCUGGGCAGCUCUAGUAGCAUCUCAGUGGUGCCUCAGCACACUGCUUUCUUCUCUGUACAGUUUAUUAGCCCACAACUAUUCCAUGUGCACUGACACCAAUGCCCAACUAAGGCCUUGCCCCACACAUCAGUCACCUGCAAUUAAAUUAAUCCUGUGAGUACAGUAAAAGUCCCAUUGUGGACAUAAUGAGUUUGGUAUCAAAUUAGUUUCUUCUGGCUGAACUGAAACAUGCCUGUGCUCCAGCAGUGCUAGGCUGGUUUGACAAAGUCCAGGGGGACCACCUGAGAGCUUGCAAGCACCUUUGGUUCCAUCUGUUUGCCAGCUAUUCCUGCACUUCCACAUGAGGAAAAGAGAGCUGGGGCUGCUGUUCAGGCCCUGUCCUCAUGUGGCAUGUGCCUGUAACUGGGCUGCUGGGUGGGAGCCCGUGGGCUCAGUGUGUGCUGGCUCCCAAGGUCCUGUGCAGAACCCCCAGUGGCUGUGCAGGUGCUGCAUUCCAAGGGGCUGGGACUAUGCUGGCAGUGGCAGCAGAGCCAGCUGAUGUUAAGACAUCCACGAGCAUUGGGGUUGGUAGUUUUGCAAGGCCUGGGAUUAGCUCUGCCUGCAGGCUGGGGUGAGCUGUGAUCCCCAGCACAGCCAGAAUCCCAGGAAAUGACAGUGAUUUAUACACCAUCACUCUCCUGUCACUUCAUUCCUAAUGUAGCUCCUCCAGCAAACCAGUAAAUACAAAUACAAAUAGAGUAACUGUAUGUUCCCUCCAGGUCAGUCCCCUUUUGCCUGAGGGGUUGAAGCCCUCCUGGAUUCUGCAGAGCCUGAGGCAGACUUGGCCAUCAACCUGUGCAGCAGGCCCUGCCCCAUACAGGCCAUAUGCUGGGUCAUAAGGAGGAACAUUAUCCCUUUUAUUUCUGGAGCUGCAAAUGGCUGGAAAGCAGGUUUAAAGUAAACACUGAUGCCCUCUGUGCUGAAAGGAGCAAGGGAGCUACCAAAGCAAAUCCAGAGCUGGGUUCCUUGUAGGGACCAAGAUAAUAAUUUCUCCUGCUCCUAGCUCCUGAACCAGAGGGGCCUCAGGGGUGAGAGCUCUGCUUUGGUGAAGACACUGCAGGACUGGUGUCAGCACGGUGCUCCUCAGUGGCUACUCUGCCUCUGGCUUGGCCCAUGUUGCCCUGCCUGGAGCUCAGGGAGCUCUGGCACAGGUUCCCUGGAGGAGGCUGGGGCUGAUGUUUCCUCGGGAAUGCACGGCACAGGCUCGGGACCGUCCCUGCGGAGGGUGGGAUGAGCUCUGAAGGACGUGGGGGCACCCCCGUGUGUGAAACCAGUGUCAGCAGGACUGCUGUGCUAUGGGACCUGCUGCUUCUUCUCCAGACAGGAAGUGGAGCUGGAAACACAGAUAAUUUUAUAGAUCUCCUUUUAACACGAUAGCAUGUGACUCUACACUCAGACGUUGUACCUGGCGCACCGACGUUUUCCUUCGCCUCUGGCACACUCUGGAGACAGGACUUCUGCUCCCUGGUACUGCCUGCCUGGAAACGUGACUGAAUCCCAAGGCUAAAUCUCUCUCUACAUAUCUUCUUUGCAUUCUUUAGGAAAGCAGCUGGAGAAUGUUUACACACUGCAAACAGAAUGUAGGACUCCGACUGAGGAACCACAAUCUGGUUCAACUGCAUGGCAAAUUUCUUGGCCAUAAAAUCUGGCAUGCAUCACAGAAGCCCUGUCUGUGUACAGACCCACCUGGCAUUUGUCUUAAUUUCAGAUCACAUCUUAAAAAAAAUAAACAAUUAUGCCAUUUCUUGUUCAUAUCAGACACAGUUGUCAUUAGAUUUGUUAUUAAAAGGGGAUUCUGGAUCAUGCCAUUAAAA